AUGAAGAACGAUACCUUGUACCAGGUAGACUGGCGAUAUUUAUUCCCCCACAGUCUAAAAGUUGAUUUAAACUUUAUGAACUCCCCUAUAGCACCAACUGUGGCUUUGAAGCCCAGACCAUCAUUAUUGGAAGGUAUUCCAGAUGCAUACUUGGCUCUUUUUGCUCCUGUUGCUGCGUAUUGGUUAUACUCGGCUAUGUUCCAUAUUAUCGACGUAUUCAGAUUGGCUGAAAAAUACAGAAUACAUCCAAGUGAAGAGGUAGCUGGGCGGAAUAAGGCAGGCAGAAUUGAUGUUCUAGUUCAGGUUCUAUUGCAGCAUUUGAUACAGACAUUAAGUGGAUUGGCCUUUCUUUACUUCGAGCCCGAACCAACCACGGGAUUCGAGCAGAAUGUUCUAUGGACUUGGAGAAAGGCUAUGCCAGCAUGGAUGCCUAACUCAGUGGUAUAUGUUAUUUAUCAGUACGGUUUAUCCGGAGUGAAGUUAUUUGUUGCGUUUUUUAUUAUUGAUUCGUGGCAGUACUGGCUACAUUACCUAAUGCACAUGAACAAGACGUUAUAUCGUAAAUUCCACGCACAUCACCAUCGUUUGAAUGUACCGUAUGCGUAUGGAGCACUAUACAAUAGUCCAGGAGAGGGUUUCAUGCUCGAUACGUUAGGAUCGGGGGUUGCUGCUAUUGUAACCGGAUUGUCACACAGGGAGCAACUGGUGCUAUUUACAUUUGCAACAAUGAAGACUGUUGACGAUCACUGUGGCUACGCCUUGCCAUGGGAUCCCUUCCAGUGGAUCUUUCCCAACAAUGCAGUUUAUCAUGAUAUUCAUCAUCAGACUUUUGGAAUCAAGACUAAUUUCUCGCAGCCAUUCUUUACCAUAUGGGACUCUAUCUGUAAUACGAAGUUCCCAGCAUUCAAAGAGUACGAAGAGAAACAGCGGAGAGUCACUAUUGAUAAAUACAAGCAAUUCCUAGCCGAAAGGGCGGAGGAGAGAAAGGCCAAGCUCCAUAUGUUUACAAAGAAAGCACAAUAA